AUGGACAAAUCAGCUCAUGUCUGGAAAGCAUUAGGUCGGAGGACCGAUGCAAUGCGGUUGAUGCGCGAUUGUGAAAGACUUAGCCAACAGCGCCUUCGAAGCGAUCAUCUUGACACUAUCCUCUCCUUUUCAGUGCUUCAGGAGUGGGAGAAAGACUCGAUAUAA